UCUGCCACAAUUUUAUUUUUAAAACCCUCCUUAACGGGGUCAAGUUCAGCACUGUUUUGGGUCUAACACCGAACCGAAAUUCACUUUGACAGUCGGAAAAUAUUAGAUGCAGAUGUUCGUGCAAAUGGGCCGCGAAACUGUCGCUAAAGCCAGUUUUUAAUUCUCAGUCAAGUGUUAAUAAACUCAAGUCAACCCUCUAUCAAUAACUCUAUUUCUAGAUUUAAGUGCGCUGGAACUCUGAGCUUAUUAUGUUGGAACUAGACAGAAUGUCGUAUAUUUUCGGAAGCUUCGCUCGCCGCCGCCAAAGCCAGGAGGUGUCUUCGGCCAAACGGCGUUCAAUCGAGCCCAAAAUCAGCCACGACCGCUCCAAGUCCACCCCCCACACCCCCAAGAAAGCCGCCCCCGGCAGCCCCCGCGCCAAGAGCAUCUGCAACGUGGUCGUGGACGACGCCAAGUUCAAAUGCCCGAUGUGUCGCCGAUUGUUCGCGGAGCCCAAGGUUCUGCCCUGCCUCCACACCUUCUGCCUCCGAUGUCUGCAGGAACUGGAGGCCAACGACUACUCGAAUUGGGCCGGAGACGACUCUGACGAAUCUGCCAACACCUCUGAGUCGCGCAAAGGCUCGGGUUCCGGUGGCUCCGGUUAUGUGAGCGACAAAAACAACCGCAGCUGUUCCCCCACGCCUGUCAAGCGGAUUUGUUGCCCCACGUGUGGGGCACGAGCGGAAGUGCCUUUCGGGGGUGUGACCUGCUACCCUCCCAACUACCUCCUCCAGCACCGGAUGGUCUUGGCCACACUCAACGCUCAAAGCACCCAUCUUCUCUGUGAUCUUUGCACUUCCGACGUUUCGGCGACAGCCCGAUGCAUGGACUGUGCUUUAAGUUUUUGUGACCACUGUGAAGAGGUGCAUCUGCGACAGAAGGCGGCGAAUGGUCACGAAGUUUUGUCGCUGGAGGAAGCCAGAAGGAAAGGGAUUACGAAGGUGCGGAGGCAAAUCAUGUGUGUGAAGCACCCGGAGCUCGAAUUGACGCUGUUUUGCUCCACCUGUUGCCAGGUAAUAUGUUCUGACUGCGCCCCCUUUUCCCACAAAGGCCACCCGUGCGAGCCCAUUUCCCGCGCCAUCAAGGCCCACCUCACCGACCUGCGGCUGGCCGCCUCCAGAGCCAAGUCCAUCGCGGAGCAAUCGGCUCUGGCAGCCAACCGCCUCCACGCCACCUCCAAGAAAAUCGAGACCCAGUGCAGUAAAGUCCAGAUGGAGAUCGAAGAAUUCAUCGACAAGUACAUCAAAUCCGUGGAGGAACAUCGCAAGAAGCUGCUGCAGCAGGUGAUUCAGACGCGCACCGAAAAACUGCAAGAGAUCGGGAAGUGCAAGACGAUGCUGCACAAGCGAGUGCGGGAAGCAAGAGACGUGGCGUUUUUCCUGGACGAAUUGUUGAGUGAUGGAACGGAUGUGGAAGUUAUGAGUUUCUUGAAACCGGUGAUGACUAAAAUUGAUAAGUGUGGGAAGCGGGAUGUCGGGAAAGUGACGGAUUUGAGUUUGACGGGGAGUUUGCUGUUUUUGCCGGAAGAGGUGGUGCAGUAUUCGCAGGACUGUUGCCCCUUGUAUGGGGUGGUCACCACGCAGACGGUGGCCCCCAGUCACUGUGUUAUCAGCACGGAAGGUUUGUCCAACUUACGUGUUGGCAAAAAGACGGACCUCCUCCUCGAGACCCGCGACCACACCGACACGAAACUGGACCGCGGAGGCGAGCAAGUCUCCGCCGAAAUCCGGUACCGGGACGCCGGAGUUUCCCGCUUCCUCCAGGUUGACAUCGAAGACCGUCGCGACGGCACUUACGCCAUCUCGUUCGUGCCCGACGUCGCCGGAAAACUCGUCUUCAGUAUCAGCAUCAAAGGCCAACCGAUCAAAGACAGUCCCUUUCCGAUCACCGUUCGGACGCUGAAACCACACCACGGAACGUUCCACUGCUGCAGCUUCUGCUCCAGCGGUGGCAGCAAAGAGGCGACGUGUGGGUGCGAGGGCAGGAUGCCGGGAGGGUACAAAGGCUGCGGUCAUGGACACGAGGGGCAUCCGGGGCGCAGGCACUGGUCCUGCUGCGGAAACGUCCUGGAGCAUUCGGAGUGCUCGAAGCCGGGGAAUCACUCGCAUUAUCAGUUUACUUUGUAGAAGGCGCAAGUAUCGUGCAGAAUUGCCCGGAAUGGCCCAACAAAGAUGGAUGGACUCGUCAAGUUUUGUUAAAGAUGCGGCAAAACAGACUAUUACUUUUUAGUUAGUAACUAUGACAUGUAAUUUAUUUUUUCUGUGUUAAAAUUUAGUCAAAUUUUUUGAUUAAUUAUCGUGACUCAUUCCGCAAAAGUGGUCUGUUUUAAUGUACGUUGUAUGUAUUAUUUUGUGGAUAAUAAAACGCAAGUUGUUCGAAAAAUA